AUGUCGAUCGGCACCGGAAUUNCCAGUUCAUAUCAUGAUGUUGGUAUGACUUACAAUAGUAUGAAUGAUUUUUCAGAGGCGCUCUCGUCCUAUGAACGAGCUCUACAAAUUCGACAGAAGUCACUUCCAUCCAAUCAUCCGGACCUCAUUACUACUUAUAAUAACAUAGGUCUCAUCAAUUACAACAUGGGAAAUUAUCCGAAAGCGAUUGCGGCGUACGAAAAAGCGUUUCAAAGCCAAGAACAAUCACUGCCAGCGAAUCAUCCUAAUCGAGCUAUCUAUUACAAUAAUAUCGGCAUGGUUUACAAUAAUAUGGGCGAUUAUGCAAAUGCACUUGCAUCAUACGAAAAAGCACUUCACAUUCGACAGAAAACACUUUCCUCUAACUGCCCAGAGUUAGCUAUUCCGUACAACAACGUCGGUAUGGUGCAAUAUACUUUGGGUGACUAUGCUAAAGCUCUCGCAUCAUAUGAGAAAGUACUCGAAAUUCAGCAACAAAAUCUUCCACCCAAUCAUCCCGAUCUCGGUGAUUCUUAUAAUAACAUCGGUAUGGUGUAUUUCACCAUGGCAAACUAUCCAAAAGCGUUGUCGUACUAUCAAAAAGCACUCGAGAUUAAACAGGACUCGUUGCCACCAGGCCAUCUAAGUUUAGGCACUACGUAUAAUAAUCUCGGUAUGGUUUAUAUGAAUAUGGGUGAACAUCGGAAAGCACUUUCAGCUCAUGAAAAUGCUCUACAGAUUCGGCAACAAUCCCUCCCUUCUACGCAUUCUGAUUUAGCUAUGUCUCUGGGACAUAUUGGCAACGUGCACCACAGUAUGGGCGAGCAUAAGAAAGCGCUUUCGUAUUGCCAACGCGCUGUUGAGAUAGCUCAUCAGACAUUACCGUCGCAACAUCCGCAUGUUCAAUGGUAUAGGAAAAUUCUUCAAGAUGUUGAAAAACAGUUGUGA